AUGACCAACAAACACGACGCCUCACGUCACAUGACCAACAAACACGACGCCUCACGUCACGUGACCAACAAACACGACGCCUCACGUCACGUGACCAACAAACACGACGCCUCACGUCACAUGACCAACAAACACGACGCCUCACGUCACAUGACCAACAAACACGACGCCUCACGUCACAUGACCAACAAACACGACGCCUCACGUCACGUGACCAACAAACACGACGCCUCACGUCACGUGACCAACAAACACGACGCCUCACGUCACAUGACCAACAAACACGACGCCUCACGUCACAUGACCAACAAACACGACGCCUCACGUCACAUGACCAACAAACACGACGCCUCACGUCACAUGACCAGCGAACACGACGCCUCACGUCACGUGACCAACAAACACGACGCCUCACGUCACGUGACCAACAAACACGACGCCUCACGUCACAUGACCAACAAACACGACGCCUCACGUCACAUGACCAACAAACACGACGCCUCACGUCACGUGACCAACAAACACGACGCCUCACGUCACAUCUCAAAUGAAUGA